AUGUCUCAAAAAGCUUUUUCUCCAAAUUCCAUUCAAAGUAAGAUGGAAAAUUAUCUCGGAAGAAAUUAUUUUAUCUCGAGAAAUGUGGUGAAAAUGGAGAAAUCUUUUACAGGUGCUGGAACGGAUGAGCCAUCCACCAUGUCGGAACCAUCAUCAUCGUCAUGGACUAUUUCGGAAAUUUAUUGGGAUCAAUUACCAAAAUUUAAAAAGAAACAAAAAUUAGAGUAUGGGAGCUUGUUGAAUGAUUAUUGUGAAUGGGUGAAAGAGUUGGAAAUGAAAUGUUCUUUGGAACAUAAAAUUUCAAAUUCUCACUUUGAAGAGCAGUUGAGAGGAUUAGAAAAUCAAUUUUUAAAAUUAGAAACAAAAACCAAACAAUUUUUUACCACGCACAGUAUUUAUCGAGGUGGUGAUAUUGAAAAGCAAUUUUACAACUUGUUGGACAUUGUUCAAAAAUUGUUGAAAAUUACAUGUUUAUUUAUUGAGGAACGUUUUGGAGGAGAUUUGCUCCUGUCAAAAGUCAAUCAAUCCGUGAUGAAUCAUGCUCAAUCAUUUACCACUGAAAACAACUCUGAACGAGGAUUAUCGACUCAUUUGCAAUUAAUUGAACAAAUUCUUCAAGAACACGUCGCUCGAGUCAUGUCACGAAUUGACCAAUUCGAACAAGUUAAGAAAUUAGAAUUUGAUUCAAGUGUUGUCGUCUUGCAACGAGUUGAAAAAUAUUCACUGUAG